AUGGGAAAUGAAUCCAAGGUUACCGAGUUCAUUUUUGUGGGCUUCCCAUCCCUCCACCAUCUGGAGCUCCUCAUGGCUAUUGCCUUACUGGCUUCAUAUUUACUGACCCUAGCUGGCAACCUCAUGAUAAUUGCCCUCAUCCUCUCUGACUGUAGCCUACACAGUCCCAUGUACUUUUUUCUCUGGAACCUGUCCUGCUUGGAGAUCCUCAUCACAUCGUUUGUCCUCCCUAAGGUUAUAGCAAGCUUCCUAAUUGGCAACAAGACUAUCUCCUACUCAGCUUGUAUUGCUCAAUGCUAUUUCUACUUCUUCCUAGGCUGCAGUGACUUUGCCCUGCUGGCCAUCAUGUCUUAUGAUCGUUAUGUGGCCAUAUGCAACCCUCUGCAUUAUUCCAUGGUCAUGAACAGUAAAUUGUGCUUACAGCUUGUGAUUGGGUCAUGGGCUGCUGGUUUCCUAGCCACCAUUGUCCCCACCAUCUUGGUCAUAAAACUUCCCUUUUGCAGAGUCAAUCAUAUUGACCACUUCUUUUGUGACAGUGUGGCUUUGAUCAAGCUAUCCUGUGCAGACACUAGCUUUGUGGAGUUAGUGAGCUUCCUGUCCUCCAUCAUCAUUUUGCUUGGUUCUUUUGUUAUGGCAGUGGUAUCCUACAUUUACAUCGUCAUCACCAUCCUUAGGCUUCCAUCUGCCUCCAGGCGUCAAAAGGCUUUCUCUACCUGCUCAGCCCACCUCACCAUUGUCACCUUGGGCUAUGGAAGCUGCAUCUUCAUGUAUGUCCGGCCUUCCACUAGUGAUCCCUCAAUCAACAAACUUGUAGCCCUGAUCAACACAGUGGUGACACCUCUGAUGAGUCCUUUUGUCUUCACCCUGAGGAACCAGCAAGUGAAAGAUGCCCUAAGGGCUGCCUUGAAGAACAGCAUGGUUUUCUCCAGGAAACGUUUUCAUUUUUGA